UCAACUAAUUAGCUCCUUACUUCUAAGGUCACAUCUUUGUUCUUAUCUGUGACUUCUCUGCAGAGUUCUAAUUUCAUAUAUAUGACCCUCAUCCCUCACUUCUCAACUAUGUAUUAACACCUCCUCCCUCUCUCUCUCUCUCUCUCUCUCUCUCUCUCUCUCUCCAGAGAAGCAGAAAGAUGGAGAACAAUCACCAAAAGCCUCAUGCCCUCAUGAUGACCUACCCUCUCCAAGGCCAUGUCGUCCCUUCUGUCCAUCUUGCCAUGAAGCUUGCAUCAAGGGGCUUCACCAUCACCUUUGUCAACACCCAAUUCAUUCACCAACAAAUAACCAAGUCCUGCCAUCACAACCACGAUCCCAAAGCCGAGGACAUCUUCGCUGGAGCCCGGAAAUCCGGCCUUGACAUACGCUAUGCAACGGUCAGUGACGGCUUUCCCCUGGGGUUCGACCGGUCGCUCCACCACGACCAGUUCAUGGAGGGUCUUCUACAUGUGUUCUCGGCUCACGCGGAUGAACUCGUCGGGAAAUUGGCCGCGUCGGAGCCGCCAGUGAAUUGCUUGAUAGUUGACACCUUCUUUGUGUGGUCUUCAAUGAUUUGCGAGAAGUACAAUCUUGUCAAUAUCUCCUUUUGGACCGAACCAGCUUUGGUGCUCACUCUUUAUUAUCAUUUGGACCUUCUACGCAUAAACGGUCAUUUUGGUGCUCAAGAUAAUCAGGAAGACGCCAUCGAUUAUGUGCCGGGGGUCCGUUCGAUCCAACGGAAGGACUUAGCAUCGUACCUCCAAUCUGCCAACACACGGACGGUGGUCCACCGGAUUAUAUACAAGGCCUUCGAGGACGUGAAGAAAGCGGACAUGAUCAUUUGUAACGCGGUCCAAGAGCUUGAGCCGGAUACCCUAUCAGCCUUGCAAAAGAAACAACCAGUUUACGCAAUCGGCCCCAUAUUCCCGACCGGGUUCGCCAAGAGCCCUGUGGCUACGAGCCUGUGGUCCGAGUCGGAUUGCACCGAGUGGCUCGGCGCCAAGCCAAGUGGGUCGGUUUUGUACAUCUCAUUUGGAAGCUACGCUCAUGCUAGUAAGCAAGUCAUUUGGGAGAUAGCUUAUGGCCUUUUGCUUAGCGAAGUGAGCUUCAUUUGGGUGCUUCGUCCCGACAUAGUGAGCUCGGACGAAUCUGAGCCGUUGCCUCCCGGGUUUGGUGACCAGAUCAAGGGCAAAGGAUUGGUCGUACCAUGGUGUUGCCAAAUUGAAGUAUUGUCGCACUCAUCCAUCGGGGGUUUCUUGACGCAUUGUGGGUGGAAUUCGAUAUUGGAGAGCAUUUGGUGCUGCGUUCCGAUGUUGUGCUUCCCCCUGUUGACCGACCAAUUUACAAAUCGGAAAUUGGUGGUCGACGACUGGGGAAUCGGGGUCAACCUGAGGGACAAGAAGUCGGUCACAAGAGAGGAGGUUGGUCAGAAGAUUAGGCGGCUGAUGAUCGGCGGAUUGGCCGAUGAGCGGAGGAAGAAGGUGAGAGAGGUGAGGAAGACUCUUGACAAUGCAUUGGGUCCCAAUGGGUCGUCGGAGAAGAACUUGAAUGAUUUCAUCAAUGAUAUGAAGGUUAAGAUUGCUUCUAACAAACAAUGAAUCUCAAGGUAGUGAAUCUAUUGAAAAGAAGCCUAAUAAUCUCUCAUCCAUCUUGUACUUAAAAAGUAAUUAACUCAAUUCCAAGUCUUAGAAGUUACAUUUCUACUUUGAAACUUUCGUGUAGAUUUCAGUUCUACCUCGUCAGGACGAAUUAUCAAGUAUUGUCGUUAUAGCUUGUUUUUCUGAAACUAGUAUGAUGUCAUCUUCUUC